CAAGCUCAUCUUCUGAUCCCGAAAACCGGUCUUCCGCUUCGGAAUCUGUUGGGGAAAGGAACAAAGCUAAAAAGCUGGAAAGGGAUGUUGGAAAGAAUGCUCCAACGAAACGCAGAGAUGACCCGGAGGUCCUGACGCGACGGCGGGCAGUCCGCCGCAGAAGUGACAGCAGUGUUGGCGCGAAGCAGCAGUCCCCCGAAGUGCGCCGUAAGUCUGCAAAUGACAAGAAGGCUGGGGUGUCGGCGAAAGCGCAAAAUUUCGACAAAAAGCGCAGGCUUCUAAACCGAGAUGACAGUCGUGCUGAUUCAAAGUCUUCCUCGAGGAGCGCCGCUCCACAUAAGAAAAGCGCAAAACCUUCCUCGCAGCAGGCGGCAAGGGCAAUGAAAACCGCAGUACAAAGUGGGGAGAUUUCAAAGCAAUCGAGAAAGCAAUCCGAAGAGGUAGACGAUGAUGACGUACAACACGCGGACGGCCAGGAAACCUCAGGCGAAAAAAGAGCAAAGAAACGUAAGACGGCGAGCGCCCUUGGCACAGAGGAGAAUGACGCGCAUCAGACCGCUACCGCACCUAGUUCGGAUCGUGACGAAGCAAGCAAAGAAAUGAGUGAGGCAAGGAAAGCGCAAGCUCAUCGGCUGGCAAGUGCGCCGACCACGGCUGGGAAAAUGACUGCAAACGAUAAUCUGGAACACCCGGGCACCGAUGUUAAGAAGGAGUACGAGCAAGGGACAUCCGAUCCUGCUUCUAUUUCCAAAACCCGCGAGGUUUCCGAGGGCAACGCUGGUCCGGAGGAAGAAAGCAAGGCUAGAUGUGCGGAAGCAAAAGCGCAACCUGAUCAACAUCGUGCUGCUGAAGGAAACCCGCCGCCGCCAUCAGAGGUCGCUGCUUCUGGUGCAGACGUACCAGGCGAGGCGAAUGCGCAAGCAACAGUUGCCGCUGCUGAAGCAGCUGUGCCUCCGGCCGAGGUCAUGCCAUCAACUUCUACUAGAGCUGCUGCCCCGAAGCGAGACAACACCUAUUUCAACACGCUUCGCGAGCGCCUUCUGGCCUCGCGUAUGAAUCGUGCCAAAGCUGCAGCGCCGGGUCCUGAUACCCCCGCUUCGAGGGAGCAGGUAGAAAUCGCCGACGCCGGCACAGCCGCGGCGGGCGGCCAACAAGAGCCAGAAAAAGAUGCACAGUUGCGAGCACAGAGGUCCAUCGAGAUGGUAACUACAGAGGAGAGCGGAACCUUCGAGGAGAAGCGCGACAUGAAAUUCAGAAGCGCUGAACAUCAAGCCACGUCAGAUGAAAGAGUGAUACCUUGCGCGACAAAGAGUCGCGAAAACGCCGCUGCUGAACGGGGGAAGGAACAGGGGAAGACUGGUACACGACAAGGCAGAAAACGUGCGCGAAGCAAAUCUUCGCAGGCAGGGGACGAGAGCUCUAGCAGUUCCUCUGACAGUUCUAAAUCUAAUUCAUCUUCCUCCAGCGGAUCUUCGUCUGUUGCUUCGGAACCACGCAAGCAGAAAGAAAACAGAAAGCGAAGAUCGCACCUAGAGGAGAAGGACCGGCAGGCGGAGGCACGGAAAGUAGUGAAGCAGGUGGCAAAAAGAAAGUCGCAAGAGGGGUCGAACCAAGCAACCGCUGAUGAGGAAAGGAAUCCUAGUAGAAGAGUGCCCACCCCGUCAGUGUCGCACACUACUAGGAAAAAUCUGAAGCAAGCUGCCAAUCCGAUCAAGAGCGGAGAAGACUCCAAGCGUCGCAAGAUCAGAGACGAAGAUAAGGCUGAACGUCAUGAAAAAGACGGAGGUCCUUCGGUCGCGUCCGCGCGCAAAGGCCCGAAAAAGUCCGCCAAUCGCUCGUCCUCCACCGCGAGAAAUCAAGAAAGCAGGCCCGAGGAGGAAAAAGGUAAAGGAAGCGAUAGCGACGUUAUCUCUGAAGACGAAAAUCGGAAGCACAACAAAAAACGCCGCUCUUCUGCGACAGCACUAAACAAAGAAGGUUCGCAUCAGGCACAGGAACGAAAACAUCAAGAAGCCGCUCGCAGUAACAAGGCAGCUGGAGAGAAAUACGGGAGAAGGCAAGCAGCUGUGUCUGACAAGAAAUCGGGUUUUGGGAAGUGUGACUCUGCCAGAGCUGUCGAUGCCGCUGGCAAAACCGGACAAGGUCGAAGCUGCAGCCGUAGCAGUAAGGCUCUUACUCGGAAUCAUGGCAACAGAAGGAGGUCCAGAAAUCGCAGUAGAAGCCGAGGACACGGGUGCAAAAAAGCGGACGUCGAACGACCCCGACAACAAAGACGAAGCGUGGCAGGCGGCGACCGCAAUGAUCCGCACAAAACCAGAAAUGAGAGUCGUACUGCUGCUACGAGGCGUCAGGCGCAGCAGCGCCAUAGUCGCGGGCGCGAUGUGAAGCGGGAUCAUGCCCGUAGUACGAGGCGCAGUACCGACAAGAAGCAAGGAGAAACGGAGGACGAUAGGGGUCACCGAACGACACAUGAUAACACUGAAAGGCCGACCCAAAACACCAGAACUACAAGGGGAAAGUGGGAUCAGAAGCCGGAUGAGGCACAACAUGGAUCGCAGUCGCCGGCCCCUGCUCGCCUUCGCGUUCCCACUCCCAGACCAGACCCGGAGCGCUACGAAGAUGCAGAGGUCAAGAAAGGGCCAAAGAACGCAUUGUUUACUUCCAAUCCGAUUUUUCGAGUGAAGUCUAUCGAUGCCCACUCUCUGCUGCAGAAGCAGCAGGCCAAAAAUCACAACGCGGCGGAUUCGUCGCAGCAGCCGUCGCAUCAAGGCGGCUUUGUGGAGAAGCAGAACCAGAACCACGAUCGAGUUCGAGGUCGUGGAGAUAAAAAUACCGGCGGGCCGCGCCGUUCCAACCAGCGUUCUUCUGCUUCGCGGAACUCGUCUGACGACAGUCACCACGACCAGAGCAAAUCUGACCGACGGAAGCGAAGUAAGAGCUCGUCCUCGCAAGGUGAUGUGCCGCCCGUGAUGCGGGGGCCCGGCGCGCGGGAUUGCCACCUGCAGCAACGCACCAUUCGUGUCGGGGCGAGUAGCGUCGCUGGGGACGACAAAAAUGCCAGCGAGCAACGGCCGCCAGUGGUGGUCGAGAUCAAGUCUAAUCGGCCUAUCGCAUCAAAGUCCUCUGUGUCUACGUCUGCCGCACUGAAAAGUGAAGCGGAUCUUCAUCUUUUAGACGGUAUCACCAGUGCAAACUCCCUCAACCGGAGUCAGAAGCAGCUCAUGUUGCGAGAGCAAGCUUCCCACAUGCAGCAGCAGAAAAACAGUUUGCACUCGUUGGGGGACCGGCCAGUUUUGAAGAAAUCAGGUCUGUUCGAAGUCGCUGGCGGCCUGGAAAGUUUAGUACCCAGUAGCAGGUAAACGGAAAAGCAGCUCAGGAUUUGUCGAUCAUUUUAGCUGCAGGCCUACGUCAGGUCAAGGCGAAGAGUUGAUGUCCACUUCCAAUUUUUUUCACACCCUUAUAGAAGUCAAAACAUCCAAUGAUGAAAAAGCUGAAGAUGUAUCGAACGACUUCACAGGCCCCACGUUGCUCCUUCGAUUGAUCAUGCCGAAGUCGCUCACAACAGCGUCGGUCUUGUGAACAACCAAGGCCACGACGACCUGAUCCACGUUCCCUGUGGCAUUCCUUUUAUCGACGUGCGCAUCCCGCUGGGGGCAAGAGCUUUCGCCAUGGACCUUCUCUCUUCCCACGUGUGCUCCUGGCGCCGCGCAUUCGAGAAGCAGACCCACUGCAGGUGCUUUUUAGACGCAACAGGUACGUCCGUCGUGAUUGAAGCCCGCACAGCGAAUGCGGACCUGGAAAAGUGGCAAAAGAAGGUGGCAGACAUUCUGUUGCUUGACGUGAAAGAGCAACAGGGGUUGGUGAUUGGCCAUCCACCGGAUUUUCAAAAAGUGAGAAGACGCAGCCUCGACCUCGGACAGGUACACAGCGGGAGCGGAACUUUGCAAGAUCGCAUCCGGUUGUCGGAACAAAUGGUAAGCUUUUUGCGAACGCCGGAAAAUGCCAAAAUUGUCGAAGACCAAUGCAGAGUGACACUUCAUUGCGACCCUAAGAAGGACGACGUCUGCAUCGUGGGCUCUGACGACCAGCGAGAAGCCGCACAAGCAACCCUGAAGCGCGUUGCGAUUCAGGCACAGUGGGGCAGCUCGGAGCUCCGGCUGCAGCAGUUGCUCGUGCCAGCGUCUGAGCUGGUGACGAAAGAUGGGUACGUCUUGCGUUUAUCUCCCAUGACGGGAAAAUUGCCGUUUUACAGCGGAACUUUGUCGAUAGCGAAGCCCAAAAUUUCCAUCGGAAAGCACAGCAACGCGAAAACCUCCAGUUCUUCCCACGACAGUGAAUCUGGUAUCGAUGUGUGCAUUCCGGACGACGUGACGUCAGUGUCCCGAAACCACUGCGCGAUCGAGUUUGACUUCAAAAAGGGAGGCGUUUACUUGAUCGAUUCCUCAACUAACGGAACUUAUCUCAACGGGAAGCGCGCGCCGGAAAAAAAGCGGAUCGCGCUCUGCCACGGCGACGAACUCUGUUUCAAAAACGCAGAGCAGUCUCAGAAUGUCGACUCUUUGCAAGACAUUAACUCAUCUUUCAAGGACAAUGAGUUUGGCUAUAUCGUCAAUCUAGUAGCGACCUCUUAAACCGAAAGCUUCGAAUGAACGACUGAAGUGAUCUUCAAUGAAAAAAUGUUCAGAUGAACACUCAGAGUUUCUAGGAAAGUACCAGGACGAAAGUAAGUAGACGAAGUAUGCGCAUUCUGGGCCCGUUUGACACGACAAUAAACAUCGACGCGCA